GACACCCAACAAAACUUCCACAACUCAACUGAAAAACGCACCCAUCCCCCCCAAACCCCCGUUGAAAUUUCUCACCAUGAAAAUCCUAAAACCAUAAAAAAAUAUUCACAAAAAUUCUGCCAUUUUUGUUCAAUCCGUAAAAGGAUUCCAUUUCCAUGGCAGAACCAUCAAAUCCAGAUUACGGAAGCAUUUCAUGCUUCUUACGCGGCUGCGUAGACCCCCCUCCUUAUUGUUUCACCACCUGCUACAACUCAUUCAUCCCCAUUUCACCGCCGCCGCCGCCGCCGCCACCACCACCUCCACCGAAUCAGAUCGCCCCAUUCUUAAUCGCCACCGUUUGCAUCCUCGGAAUCUCCUUCCUCCUCCUCUCUACUUGCACCAUCAUUUUACGGCUCCGCUUCACCAGCCGCCGUAGAGGGGUUUCUCGUGGGAGUACCAACGUUUCUCCGACGAUCAACGAUGACGAAAACGGUAGUGGGUCCGUGGUGGACCACCCUAUUUGGCAUAUCACUACAAUUGGGCUUCAACAAUCGGUAAUUGAUUCCAUAACUGCGUUUAAGUAUAAAAAAAUUGAUGGGUUUUUCGUUGAGGGUAGUGAUUUAUCUUGUUCAGUUUGUUUGACUGAUUUUGAGGAAGGGGAUGAUCUUAGGUUAUUGCCAAAGUGUAGUCAUGCUUUUCAUGUUUCUUGUAUUGAUACUUGGUUGAAAUCGCAUAAGAAUUGCCCCCUUUGUCGCGCUCCUAUUGUGAAUGAGAUUGUUAGGGAUAAUAAUAAUAAUAAUAAUUCGGGUAUUCCCAGGUUGAAUUUGACUACUAGUGUUUCUGGUUCAUGGGAGGAAUCAGUGAGAUUGAAUUUGGAUGAUAAUUUCUUGGCUGGAGAGGGUAGCAGUUCAAGGAGAUUCCCCAUUUUAGAGAGUUUAAGGAUAGCUGAGCUUAUGAAGAAGAAUCGAGACCUUCGAAUUUUUAGUGAUUUGGGUGAGAAUCACCGGUUUCAAAGGGUUGAGGAUGCUUUGGAACCGGUUAGAAGGUCCAUUUCAUUCAAUAAUGUUGCUUUGGAACCGGUUAGAAGUUCAAUUUCAUUCAAUAAUGAGGCUUUGGAACCGGUUAGAAGGUCAAUUUCAUUCAACAAUGGAGGGACUUUGAGCUCUAGUGAUAGGAUUCCCAAUGAUAGGUGUCCUAAUAAUGAAGGGAGCUCUAAUGGUAGGUGUCCUAAUAAUGAAGGGUACCCUAGUGAUAGGAGUCCUAAUAAUGAAGGGAGCUCUAAUGGUGGGUGUCCUAAUAAUGAAGGGUACUCUAGUGAUAGGAGUUCAAAGGAAGAGUGUUCUGUAGAAGGGGAUUCAGAGGUUGUUUUGCAGGAAAAGAAACAUAAUUCAGAGAAAGGGGGUAAUAAUAAGAGGGGAACGAGUAUGUCUGGUUUAUCGAUCAAGAGUCCUUCCGUUGUUGAUCCUUCGUUGCAGCAAAAGGGUCCUGUUUCGAUGAAGAGAUCAUUAUCUUCUUCAAGUAGCAGGUUCUUUUCAUUUCGCAGGACGAAAAGCACGGCCUCAAUUCUUCCAUUGUGAAAUGUGAAUACAGAGAUCUGGGAUUGGGUUUCCUUGCUAUUGUAGAUUCGAGUAAGUCUACUGCUAAUACUAUACACUGGUGAAAUGGUUCAAUUAACUGAAUACCAGGUAUAAAUCUUGGUCUAAUAACUGUAGCCGAAGGCCGUGUUGUUGUGUUGGACCAUAUGCAGGUAAUAAGGACAUCGGAGGAGUAUCGGACAUGGGUAUCGAAAUGGUAAAAAUAAAUGUAGAUAUGAUAGAUUUAUAUGUCUAUGAUGGGUGUGCUUGACUGAAAUUGAAGCCACUUUUAUAUGCAAUAGAGUGCCCUCUGAAAUUUGCGCUUAAUAAAGUCAUGAGAAAAAUCUAAUAUUCAUAAAAAUCUCAGCUUUUACUUGAACAAGUUUCAGUAUAUGCUAUUGUAUGGGUUUAUCUGGUUGCUGUAGUGAAAAUAGUUCAACUACUAGCUUGCAACAUUAUCUGUUGAUAAAUUCGUGUAUUGAGACGUAAACUAUUGAUCAGGUUUAUCCCCGAUUCAAGGGUAAUGGUUAAUGUUUAAAUGAUUAUAAGUUUACCUUUCUGAA